AUUUUUUUUUAAUUUUGACAAUCUUGUCAAUGUGGUAGUGGUGAUUUGCGGACUUGUUUGUUAUUAAAAUUAUACGGGUUUUAUUUAGGAAACUCAUUUGCAUUUACAAAUACAUAACACAUUCCAGGAUUUUCUGCUGCAACUGCUGUUAUUUUACGAAUACCUGAUACCUACAGUUCAUUCACUUCUAGAGAUCGAAGGUUGCUGAAAUAAGAGUGAUGGAGGCGAUGGAUAUUCAAGCUGUAGAGUCGAAGCUCAGCGACGUGACGGUGACCGCUAUACCUAUGAGUGGGAAAAAUGUUCAUAAAGACGUGGGUCACGGCGGGAAUAGCCAUGCUACUAUUUCUACCGUGCCGGCGGCUUCUCCGUCGUCUGUCGGAAAGGAUAAAGAUAACGGAACUUCAAACAUGGCGCUGACUUGGAAAACCAAAUGGAAGUGGAAUACGGGUUACAGCGCGGAUUCCGUGGAGUGGUGUCCUGUUGUGAACUACAGACACGUGCUCGUCUGCGGGACAUACCAGCUGGAAAAGAAGGAUGAAGCAGCUGAACAAGCAACGAAACAGCAACGCCUGGGGAGGAUAUAUCUCUUUGUAAUCGACAGCACGACCACUGAGCUGACUCCCGUCCAGACUGUCAACACCUCGGGUAUACUUGACCAAAAAUGGUGCUACCACCUCAUACAAGACCAUCCUGUGCUUGCCGUUGUCACUUCUGAAGGAAUUGUUCAGCUUUAUAGAUUGGUCAAAGAUGAAGAGUUUAAUUUGCAAUUGUGGUUGUCUUAUAAACUCGAUGAAGAUGUUCUGGCGUUGUCCGUCGAUUGGUCGACGAAUAAAGUUAAUUCUGAUGACGUAUUCUUGGUGGUUAGUGAUUCUUCGGGUAGAGUGACGCUGUUGAGGUUAUCUGAGGAUUUGGAGAAGGUGGGAGAGUGGAAAUCACAUGAUUACGAAGCCUGGAUCGUGGGUUUUAAUUAUUGGAAUCAGACAAUUUUUUAUUCAGGUGGUGACGACUGCUUGUUUAAAUGCUAUGAUAGCAGACUACUAGACCCUGUAUCUACUAGUAGGACCCACGAUGCAGGCGUCACGGCCAUCAGGAGUCAUGUGGAAGUGGAACACCAGCUUUUAACGGGCAGCUACGACGAAAAAGUCCGAAUCUGGGAUACGAGAAAUCUGAAGAGAUGCGUCUCAGAGCGCGACGUUAACGGCGGCGUUUGGCGCCUAAAAUGGCACCCUUACCACAAAAACACCAUUUUAGCCGCUUGCAUGUAUGGCGGGUUCCGUAUAUUGAACGUUACUGGAGUUACAGAUAGUAUAGAAGUGGUUUCGGAAUAUUUGGAGCACGAUAGUAUCGCUUAUGGAGCGGAUUGGCGGUGUAGUGAAGAGUCUUUGGUGGCUACGUGUUCCUUUUACGACUGUCAGCUGCAUAUUAGUGAGAUCGAACUGUGAACAAAUUGAAUACAAUAAAAACAUUUUUGCGAUUA